CGCGACCGGAACAACAAGGAGGCAUGAGAGCGCCGCAGAAAUGAAUCGGAGCGAAACCUCUAACUGUGUGCUGACAUCGUUAUGUUUGCAGUAGACUAACUAAAAGAAACCCGGCGAUGGAGGGCGACAUUUUGGAUUCCUUGGAGCAGCUCGGCUAUGUCGGUCCUCUGCUGGAGGAGAAGUUACUGCUCGGAGCCGCAGAGGGAGGCCUGUCGUCGCCUGAGUAUGUGGACCUGUGCCGGUGGCUGGCAUCCAAGUUAAAGCCGCUGUGUGAUCUGGAGGAGAGCAUUACUUCCGGUCCAGACGACAUGGAAAGCCUGCAGGUGGAGAUGAGCGGUCUGCUGAAGGAGUUGCACUGUCCUUGUGAAGAAGUCGUUUCAGGGAUUCUCAAGGGUAUCGUACGUACUGCAAAAGAUCAUCUGAAGUUUGUCUUGUUUCUAAGCUCUGAGCUCCAGGCAGCGCAGAUUGUGACGAGCAGAGGAGUCUCUCGUAAACAACAAGAAGAGAGUCCGGUGCAUCAAGAACUCCUGGCAAUCUGUGAGACACUGAACCUACCAGAGCCCAGAGGACAGGACGCAGCUGUUGUUUUCUCUCAAGUCCAAGACAAGGUGGAAGAAGUACUCAAAGAUCUUCCAAAUAGCUUCAUUGGAAACCCAGUGCUAAAGAAAUCUCUAUGCAGUGACCAAUGGGAGAAGUUGCACAACAUAAACACAGCUCUGUCUUCAGAGUAUGAGUGUCGGCGCAAGAUGCUGAUCAAACGGCUGGAUGUCACAAUCCAGUCAUUUGGGUGGUCAGACAGAGCCAAGGUAAAGGUGGACAGCAUGGCGAAGGCCUAUCAGCCUAGGAGACACUCUCUGAGGCCACAGGCCACAGUGGAUAUGGCUGAGCUGCUGGCUGCCAGAGAAGACAUCUGCAACAUGGUGAAGACCAGCAGCGGCUCCAGCAGGGAGAAGACUGCUUGUGCUGUCAACAAAAUCCUCAUGGGGAGAGUCCCAGACAGAGGAGGACGUCCCUCAGAGAUUGAAGCCCCACGUCCUGAGAUGCCACCUUGGCAAAAAAGACAAGAUGGAGGAAGAGGGGGUGGAGGAAGAGGGGCUGGUGGUUGGGGAGGAGGUAGUUCAAGAGGAGGUGGAGGUUGGAGAGGGGGUGGACAGAACCGUGGUGGACAUGGAGGAAAGAGAGGGAGGUACCAGUAUUGAUUUCUACUGAUUGAGUUUGUUUUUGUGAUCCGAGUGUCGUGUUUGACAUUAACGCAUUUCUGUUGUCAUGGAGGGAGAAAUUAUUUUUAUCUGACAGUAAAACAUCUUCAUUUUAGAUCGUUUUUAAUACUCCCUUUUUUUUGUACUUAGUGUUUAUAUUUUGCUUUUAACUCUAUUUAAAUGGAAAUAAAUACCAGUCAUUACACAUACUUUUAUUUGAACAAAUGAUCCAACAUCUGCAUUGGACCAUAAUACUGUUUCUUACAUCCAUACAACACAUUGAUUUUAAAGAAGGUUUGAGUAUGUAUUCUGACUAUUUGAGAUUAUGUAAUUGAAGUGUUUUUUAAAGAUGAGUGUUGAAGCUAAAAGGCGAACGUAGAAAAGUAAUCUUUGCUAAACACUAAUGGGUGUCAAUGUAAAACCUUGAAGACUGAAACACUGCUAUAGGACAAGUUUAGGAUUCCAAGUAUUCAAAUCUGUAUUUUACUUUACAUUUCACACACAAAUCUCCUAAUUUCUUUGAUUCUGUACCAGCUGUGAUCCUCUCCCCCCCACCCCCCACCCCCACCCUCUGAAAUAAUUGAAUAAAAGAUCUCCACCA